AGGAGCCAGGAGAAGGAAGGAGCCAGGAGGAGGAGGAACAGCCUCGGGGAUGAGUGCCUACGACCCGUUCAGCCCGUUGCGGAAGCCCUGGGAUGAGUACCGCCGCCCCACCAAGUCGAGCAUCUCGCCCAGCCUGUACCCGGCGCACCGGGGCCCGGCUCCGAAGCGGCCGGCUCGGGCCGGGCCGGGGUCGCCGCUGGACCUGUCGCAGGUGAGCACCGUGAACGCCGAGCUGCUGAGCCUGAGGGCGCGGGAGAGGGAGCAGCUGGUGGGCCUCAACGACCGCUUCGCCAGUUACAUCGAGAAGGUGCACCUGCUGGAGCAGCACCACAAGGUGCUGUUGGUGGAGCUGGAAGCCCUGAGGCACAAGCAGAGCGACCCGUCCCGGCUCCACCUGGUCUACGAGCACGAGAUCCGCGGCCUGCGGGCGCUGCUGGAGUCGGAGACCGGCGACAAGGUCCGGAUGGAGGCCGACAGGGACCGCCUGAGGGGGGCCUACUCCCAGGCGAAGGACCGGUACGAGGAGGCGGUGCGGCUCCGCCUGGAGGCCGAGGACCGGCUGCAGAAGGCCAGGGAAGGGGCGGGCAAGGCCCUGCUGGCGAACAGCGACCUGGAGGGCAGCAUCGGCUCGCUGGUGGAGGAGAUCUCCUUCCUGAAGAAGGUCCACGGCCAGGAGAGCGCCGAGCUGUCCUCCCGGGUCCAGGCCGCCCACCUGACGGUGGAGGUGGAAGUGGCCAAGCCGGACCUGUCGCUGGCCCUGCGGGAGAUCCGCUGCCAGUACGAGAAGCUGGCCCAGAAGAACAUGCAGGCGGCCGAGGACUGGUACCGCACCAAGUUCGCCGCCGUCACCGAGAUGGCCAGCAAGAACCACCAGGCGGUGCGCUCCAUCCGCGAGGAGACCGCCGAGUACCACCGGCUGCUGCAGUCCCGCGGCUCCGAGAUCGACGGGCUGAAGGGCGUCAUCGACUGCCUGCAGAAGCAGCUGGAAAACCUGGAGGAGAGGCAGAGCAAGGAAGUGCGCAAGUACCAGGAGAGGAUCAGUGAGCUGGAGAAAGACAUCAAUGAUGCCAAACAAGAGAUGGCUCGUUACCUGAGGGAAUACCAGGACCUCCUCAAUGUCAAGAUGGCUCUAGAUAUUGAGAUUGCAGCUUACAGGAAACUGCUGGAGGGUGAGGAAUUCAGACUGAGCUUCUCCUCCCUGCAACCCUACAGCUAAGGUCAUCAGUCUGCUGAAGAUUGAAGAUGUAGUUCCAUAGCUGACAACACAGCAGUCAUUAGCCAUUGCUCCUUUGCCUGUAGUUGUCCUAAAUUCCCUGCAUCCCUUCCAUCUUCAUAGUGACCACUCACAGCUGCAGCUACUGAGAACUACUGACCCCGACACUCCACUGACCCCUGACCUGGACCCCACACUGACCCUGAACAAUAAACCAAAUUCUGAGCUUACACACAUGUACAGAAGUGUAGAUGUGUGCACAUGUAUUUAAGCACUGACCAGAUUUGAAUGUUCCAGUUUGAGAUGGAAUAAGAUGCUAAUAUUGGCUCAGGGACUGCCCUCUCCCGUCUCGCCCUACCCACCAUCUCCCGUCUCGCCCUCUCCCACCAUCUCCCAUGUCACCAUCUCCUGUCUCACCCUGCCCCGCCGUCUCCUGUGCCAAUCUGAGUGACCCACUGGCCUAAAUUUGGGAAGGAAGCUUUUUGUCCUAUGCCCUACUUUUACCCUCUCGCCCCCUGACCCUGUGCCCUUUUGCCCCCUGACACUGCACCCUCACCCACUGACCUCAUGCCCUCUGGCCCCCGACCCCAUGCCCACUCCCGCACCCUCUCCCAUUCUCCGAGGGGUUACUUUGGGCUUUUGUUGAUCUGACACUGCCUCGUGCUAGAGGCUGAUGUGAGUCUGAUCUAUGCUGGAGCCUCCUGGGUGGAACUGAAUAAUUCCAUGUCCACAGGGAAUACUGUGUGCCCUCGGAAUCAGAUAGUGUGACCCCACUGAGAGGGGUUAAACUCCUGGGGGAAAAGGAGCAAUCACACAGCCAGCCUGAGCCAAGGGGUCAGUGUCAGACACAGGGAGAGUGUAACAGAGGGACAAAGUGACUGAGGUAGAGAGGAAAGGAGUGUCAGAGAGAGAUAUACACACACAGCAUUAGACUGACAGCAAUGAAGAAACACAUAGAUGGACAGAAGAAGAUUAAUAGAGACAGAGAGACAUGGAGAAUGACAGAAAGAGAGACAGAGUGACAGAGACAGAGAGAAAGACAGGGUAACAAAAGACAGUGAUGGAGACAGAGAAAGAUAAGAGGAUGACAAAAGCAGAGAGUAACAGAGACCAACAUAGAGGUACAGAGAGUGAGACACAGAAACAGAGACAUAGAAAGUGAUAGAGAGAGACAGAAGGUAACAGAUAUAGAAAAACAGAAAAUAAUGGAGACAGAGAGAGAAACAGAGUGACAGUGAAAAUAACAGAUGAGUGAAAUUGAUGGAAAUUGAUUUGUUGUUGUCACAUGUACCUAAGUACAGUGAAAAGCUUUGUUUUGUGAGCAGUACAGGCAGAUCAUGGCAAACAAGGACAUACAGGUCAUAGAUA